AUGGAGACAGUCUGCCUGGCAUCCCCGCGCUGGGCUCGAGCCCAGACAGGAGGAUGGAGCCGAGGGAGAGAGCGUGGUCCCUGGGCCGGGGAAUUAGGGCUGCCGAGCCGUUACCGGUCUGCACAGCGUGGGCAACCUCCGCGUUUUUCCAUGACUCUGAAGAGAAAAUUUGGUUGCUUGUGGGCCUUAAGUCUGUACCUGGUAACCAGUAAAUCUCUUAAACUCCCUUCUACCACUGACCAGAAAUAUAUACAAGAGUGCGUCAAAGCCCACAACGAUUUGCGUGGCCAAGUCAGCCCCUCAGCGGCCAACAUGAAAUACAUGAUUUGGGAUGCAACUUUGGCAAAUUUGGCUAAAGGAUGGGUAGAAACAUGCCAAUUGAAACAUAACACCUGUGUAAAACUGCCAUAUGCAUGCCUCAAAGAGUAUGUAUUUCUUGGAGAAAAUAUCUGGUUCAGUGUAUUAGAAAAUUUUACACCAACAAAUGCGAUUACUGCUUGGUACAAUGAAACAGAAUUUUAUGAUUAUGAUACUUUAGCAUGUUCUCAUGCUUGCGGUCAUUACACACAGGUAGUUUGGGCCAGUACAUAUAAAGUUGGUUGUGCGGCUAAAAUUUGUCCCAACCUUGGGUCAGCUACAAGUACAAUAUUUCUCUGUAAUUAUGCACCUUCAGGAAAUUUUCGAGGUCAACACCCCUACAAAAAAGGACCACCCUGUUCUGAGUGUGAACAAAGUGAGAAAUGCGUAAAGAAUCUCUGCAAAAUGUCAAAAAUUGUUGCAACUCAACCUACCAAACGUACCACAACCACAACCACUACCACCACUACACGGGAUGUUGCCGCUGCCUUGGCUGCUGCCGCAGCAGCUGCUGCUGCUGCUUUUGCUGCUGCUAAAACGACAAAGACCGUGAAGACUAUGAAGGCUUCCACCUCUACCACCACCACCACCGCCAGCACCACCACCACCACCACCACCGCCAGCACCAUCACCACCAAAACUACUGAUACCCAGACUUUCCCAAAUUAUCAGUUUGGAUUUGAUACUCCAAUGGCGAGCGCUGCUCACAAGAAAGCAUGUAAUCUACUGAGCCUCAGCUUUAUUCUCCAGAGAAUAAUCUAAUGUGACAAUAAAGGAACAAUUUAUGAUUAAAUGUCGAUCAUCAUCAGUUUAGUUCUCCAGUAAAUAUUCUAGUCUUGCAUCUAAUGUAUUACAUUUAAAUGUAACAUUUUGAUUCGAAAUACACAGUGUGGAAAAUGAGUAAACACUACAGACUUGA